UAUCGAUAGCAUCGAUGCAUCGAUUUACUCACAUUUUUUGGGUGUUUUAAAAGCGUGAAAAAAACGCCUAAACAAGCCAAAACGACCGCACAUCAGGACCAAUAAGCGCAGUUAGUUAAUUCUUUUAGCUGCUGCAUCAAAAGGCAUUGACAGUCGCAGGCACAAACGGCAAGAAAAGAAGGUUCAGCAAUACGGUGUGUUAUUGAACAACGGCUGAAGAGUCAAAGGUAGUGCAAGAGAAGGGUGGUAGCGGAGAGUACGUGCUUGUGUAUGUGUGUAUGUGAGUGUGUGGGUAGAAGUUGCGGCUGUGGAGCAGCAGCGGCGGCAGCGGCGACGACAGCGGCAGGUUUAGUUGAGGCAGAGCAAACACAGAGCCACGAUUUCAAGUAAAUAGUGAGCUAAAAUCUACAACGACAACAACAACAACACAAGAAGCAACUACAACAACAAGGGCAUUAGUAGAAGCAACAGCAACAGCGGCUCAACUGCUUUUGUAAGCAACACACGACGACCGCGCCCUAAUGUCAAAUAGCCAAGCAAAUGCCGGCAGCAGCGGUAGCGUCGUGGAUGAAACGAAUCCAAAUGCAAUUAAUCCCUCACCGGGCACCACCACAAUUGCCAGCAGCAUCAAUCUGACAUCCGCAUCGACAACGGCAGCUCAGAGCUCCACUGGACAGCCGGCGUCUGCUGCUGCACCUGGAGGUGGAACCGCACCGCACAUAGUGGGCGCUUCCAGCACAACAACAGCAACUGCAUCAACAGCUGGGGAUGGUGGUGUCAACAACUUGGCUGUGGACUCAUCGCCUCGCGAGUCUGGCGAUGACUCAGAGGAUGAGAGCGAAAUAUUGGAGGAGUCACCAUGUGGUCGGUGGCUAAAAAGACGCGAAGAGGUCGAUCAGCGCGAUGUGCCAGGGAUCGAUUGUGUGCAUCUGGCCAUGGACACCGAGGAGGGUGUUGAAGUCGUUUGGAAUGAGGUGCAAUAUGCGCAGCUGCAGGAGCUCAAAACUCAGGAGGACAAGAUGCGUCAAGUGUUUGACAAUCUGCUGCAGCUGGACCAUCAGAAUAUUGUGAAAUUCCAUCGCUACUGGACAGACACGCUGAAUGCGGAGCGACCGCGCGUCAUCUUCAUCACGGAGUACAUGUCGUCCGGCUCGUUGAAACAGUUCCUCAAGCGCACCAAGCGCAAUGCCAAGCGAUUGCCGCUUGAAUCAUGGCGCCGCUGGUGCACACAGAUCCUGUCCGCGCUCAGUUAUUUGCAUUCCUGCUCGCCGCCCAUCAUUCAUGGCAAUCUAACCUGUGAUAGCAUUUUCAUACAGCACAAUGGUCUGGUCAAAAUCGGCUCGGUGGUACCAGAUGCGGUCCAUUACAGCGUGCGCCGUCAGCAUCUUGACCAGUUGCCCGAACGGGAGCGCGAGCGUGGUGCCCACUACUUCCAUGCACCCGAAUAUGGGGCCGCCGAGCAGCUGACAGCCGCCGUGGACAUCUAUGCUUUUGGUAUGUGCGCCUUGGAAAUGGCCGCGCUGGAGAUCCAGCCACAGUCUAGCAACAGCGAAUCGACUGCCAUCAACGAGGAGACCAUACUGCGCACAAUCAACAGCUUGGACAAUGAUCUGCAGCGUGAUCUGAUACUGAAGUGUCUCAAUCCCAACCCACAAGAUCGACCAAGUGCCAGCGACUUGCUAUUUCAUCCACUACUCUUUGAGGUGCAUGCACUAAAACUUUUGGCCGCCCACUGUCUGGUCUUCUCGCCCGCCAACCGAACCAUGUUCUCGGAAACAGCCUUCGACGGACUGAUGCAGCGCUACAAUCACCCGGAUGUGAUAAUGGCACAGCUGAAAAAGUCCGGCAAUGAGGUACAAUUUCGACUGUCGGAUGUGACCGGGGCCGACAAGCUGGAAAAGUUUGUCGAAGAUGUUAAAUAUGGUGUCUAUCCGCUAAUCACGUACAGCGGCAAGAAGCCGCCACAUUUUCGUUCGCGUGCCGCGUCCCCGGAACGUGCCGACUCAGUCAAGUCGGAGACGCCGGAGCCAGUGGAUACCGAAUCGCGCCGAAUCGUGAACAUGAUGUGCAGCGUGAAGAAGCUGAAGGAGGAUAGCAACGAUAUACUGAUGACAAUACUGUUGCGCAUGGAUGACAAAAUGAAUCGGCAGUUGACGUGUCAGGUGAACGAGGAGGAUACGGCAGCGGAUUUGACCAGCGAAUUGGUGCGCCUGGGUUUUGUCCAUCUAGAUGAUCAGGACAAGAUUCAGGCCCUACUCGAGGAGACGCUACGUGCAGGCGUCCUCAGUGAUGGCGCCGGCGCAGAGAGCUCUGGCGCCGGUGUCACCACAACGGCCACGAUGGCUGCACUGGAGCAGCUGGAACGGAACUGGUCCAUCUCGGAUGCAGACAAAACGAUGACGUCCAGCAUGUCCGUGAACACUUCGCCCAGCGCGGCCGUCAUGUACGUGCCACAAGAGCCAGCUGAUGCGGAGGGUGCGCCGAUCCAGAACAGCAGCAACAGUCACAGCAAUUGAAGAUGAUGAUGAAAGUAUUCGGGCAAAGCCGGCGGGGUGCGCAUUGUUUUUAUUAUUGGAAUGAAAUAAUUACACUCUACGAUUUUAUUGCUACUAUUAUUU